AUGAGAAACCACACAAUAACAACCUUUAUCUUGCUGGGAUUAAUAGAUGACCCACAACUGGAAAUACUACUUUUCAUCUUUUUAUUUAUAACUUACAUGCUGAGUGUAGCAGGGAAUUUGAUUAUAAUCAUCCUCAGUUUGGUGGACUCACAUCUUAAAACACCCAUGUACUUUUUCCUCAGAAAUUUUUCAUUCUUAGAAGUCUCAUUUACAACUGCUUAUAUUCCUAGAUUCCUCUACAAUAUAUCAACUGGAGACAAUACCAUUGCUUAUAGUGCCUGUAUCACUCAAUUAUUUUUUGUUAUUCUCUUUGGAGCAACAGAGUUUUUUCUCCUGGCAGCCAUGUCCUAUGAUCGCUAUGUUGCUAUCUGCAAGCCUCUUCAUUACAUGACCAUCAUGAACCAUAGAGUAUGUACCAUCUUAGUCCUUUCCUGUUGGGUGUCAGGCUUAGUGGUCAUUCUUCCACCUCUUAGCAUGGGCCUUGAGCUUGAAUUCUGUGACUCCAAUGCUAUUGAUCACUUUUUCUGUGAUGCAGGGCCCCUCCUAAAGAUUUCAUGUACUGACACUUGGGUAAUAGAACAAAUGGUUAUCAUUAUGGCUGUAUUUACCCUCAUUAUCACACUACUGUGUGUACUUCUUUCCUACACAUACAUCAUCAUAACAAUUCUCAGAUUUCCUUCUGCUCAACAAAGGAAAAAAGCCUUUUCGACCUGCUCAUCCCAUAUUAUUGUAGUUUCUAUUGCCUAUGGAAGCUGUAUCUUCAUCUAUGUUAAACCCUCUUCAAUGGAAGAUUUGGCCAUAAAUAAAGCUGUUGCUGUACUGAACGGGUCUGUUGCACCCUUACUGAACCCCUUCAUUUAUACCUUAAGGAACAAGCAAGUGAAACAGGCUUUUAAUGAUGCUGUAAAGAAGAUAUCUUUUCUUUCAAAGACAUAA